GCUGAAGAGUCGUCCGCGCUCCAGCUGUCCGCAGACGCUGAAAUUGCAUGCGGGAGACGAUCCUCCGCUGCUGUUUCCCUUAAAAUCGUUCAUUUACGCGGUGGGUGGUGGAAAACCACUACUUCCGGUGUAUGGUGUAAAACACAGUGGCCUCGGAUGAUUCCACACGCGCGUUUCUCUGUUGUCGGUUGUAUGUGGGGGUGAGUGUGGGCGUGAUGGGGCGGGGGCAGAGCUCGCCCAUGGAGCUCGGCUAGAGGCGUGCGCCCCUGCCCGGCUGCCCGGCCCCCCCUCUGCCGCCCUCACCCCGGCCCACGCAUGGAGCCGGACCACCGGGACCACCGAUGCCACAGGCCCAGCGCCUUUGACAAAAUGGAGGGGCUGGUGCGAGAGAUGCAGGACACGGAGCACGGGGGCGUUCCUGUCAGAAGCCAGAAAUUAUUCCUAACAUCAAUUCCUGCCGCCUUUAUGGGGUACGACCUGAUAGAAUGGUUAAUGGAGCGUCUUGGAAUUGAAGAAUCCGAGGCGCUCAAUAUAGCCAAUCAACUGUGUCAGUACGGCUACUUUUUUCCAAUAAGCGACUCAAAAAACUUGGUGGUCAAAGACGACAGUUCCUUGUAUAGAUUCCAGUCUCCCUACUAUUGGCCUUGGCAGAACAGGCCUCCCGACAACGUAGAAUACGCGAUUUAUUUGGCCAAGAGGACCCUCAGGAAUAAACAGAGACACGGACUGGAGGAUUACGAGCUCGAGGCUUUGAGUAACUUGAAGAAAAAUUUGGCCAACAAAUGGGAUUUCAUCACAAUGCAAGCCGAGGAGCAGGUAAAAUUGUCAAAGGUGCUAAAGAAGGCUGACAAACUGAUCAGCGACUCCCAGGAGAGGGCGUACUGGCGGGUCCACCGGCCGCCACCGGGAAUGGUGAGUUCUAUGGAGCCGUGCCCGGUGCCCACGCGGAGCUGGAAUGGGUGUAGGACAAGGAAAAAGACUAUAGAAGACCACAGGAGAGAGGUUGAACUUCUGAAAAAUAGCCUCUCCAGAACUAGGGUGAAAGUUUCCCAGGCACUGGAAAGCAUGGUGCAACAUGUAGAGAUUUACAUGGAAUACGACCCUUUAAUAACACCAACCCAACCCUCUAAUCCCUGGGUCAGCGAAGACCUGACCUACUGGCAGCUCAACAGUCCCCUGUAA